CACAUGAGAGCCAAGUCUCUUCUUACUUGGAAGCAUUACCUAAAUUAAAAAGAGAAAAAAAAAAAGACCAAGAGAGAGACAGAUAGAGAAAGAAAAAAGAAAAACUUAAAAUUCCACCCUCAUAAAUAAGCAGAGUUAUAGUACUUCUCUUCAUCACAACAUCAAAAGGCUUCAUAUUAACUUCCCAAGAUUAUAACUAUGGCUAACAAUGUGAAUAACUUCCCAUUUUCACAUUUCCCUCCUCCUCAUCCCAUCUCUCCACCACCAAAACCCCACCCUCCUCCUCCUCCUCCGCCUCGUCCUCAUCCUCCACCAUUUGUUCCACCACCACCAUCACCCCCUCACAGUUAUAUCAUAAUAAUAUUUGUUUUCUCGACGUUCGGUUGCAUUUUACUUGGCCUAGCAAUACUUUCUUUCUGCUGCUACUUGAAGAAAAAGAAGAAGACAACAGUAGUUGAAGAAAAAGAAGUGAAGCAUAUUGAUGAGCAUUUGAGAAUUAAGGAAGCAAUUGUUCAAGGCCCUCAUGGAAAACCUAAGACUGUGGUACUCUCUGUAGAAGAAGAUUUCCAUGAAAAAGAUGAUAUUAUAAGGACAAAGAAAGAGUUAGAAGAAUCACAUAAGUUGCAUACUAAUAAAACUUCGGAAAUUACACCUUCUGCUCUUGAAGCUGGACAUGUACACUACUCUUCAACUUCUUCUUCUGGUCAACCAUGAGCAUCAAGUCACGAAUUUCAUUUUAAAAUAAAUUGCCUUAUCAGAGGGAGGCUAAUGGUUGAUCAUUCUAUCACAACUACUCAGUACUGGCAAAACUUAAUUUCUUUGUCACGCCAAUAUAAUUAUAUUGUCUUAUUUUCUACUAA